CAGUUUUCUUCUUUGUUUCGGCGAGAGAGAGCAAAUCAUAGCUCUCUAUAGCUUUUGCUGAGCAAUCCGAUCUCAAUUGUUCCUACGCAACCGGCUCUCUAUGCACCUUCCUUCGUAGUCGCAUCCGAUACAGGUUAUUUACGGUGAGAGAAUGUAUCAGUGGAGGAAAUUCGAGUUCUUCGAGGAGAAAUACGGGGGAAAGUGCGUGAUUCCUGAGGAGGUUAGUGGGAGGAUCGAGUGCUGCUCUAGCGGGAGAGGCAAGGUGGUGAUCGGCUGCGAUGAUGGAACCGUGAGCUUGCUUGAUCGAGGUCUCAAGUUUAAUUUCGGAUUCCAAGCUCACUCCUCUUCUGUUCUCUUCCUCCAGCAGCUCAAGCAACGCAACUUCAUAGUAACAGUGGGAGAAGAUGAGCAGAUUACUCCACAGCAAUCCGCAUUGUGCCUAAAGGUUUUUGACCUAGAUAAAAUGCAGCCUGAGGGCUCAAGCAACACAAGUCCUGAUUGUAUUGGGAUUUUGCGAAUAUUUACCAAUCAGUUCGCUGAAGCAAAGAUUACAUCCUUUUUAGUAUUGGAGGAAGCUCCACCAAUACUUCUAAUAGCCAUUGGAUUAGAUAGUGGUUGCAUUUACUGCAUCAAAGGGGACAUUGCUCGAGAGCGUAUCAACCGUUUCAAACUUCAGGUGGAUGUGGAGAAUUCUUCAGACAAGAGUCAAUCUUCUAUCACCGGUCUAGGGUUUAAAGUAGAUGGCGGAGCCCUUCAACUAUUUGCUGUAACGCCACAUUCAGUGACCUUGUUCAGCUUGCAGUUUCAGCCCCCUCAGAAGCAAACCCUAGAUCACUUCGGAUGUGAUUUUAAUGGUGUUACGAUGAGUGAUCGCUUGGAGCUAAUAAUUGGUCGACAUGAGGCUGUGUACUUUUAUGAAGUUGAUGGACGUGGUCCUUGUUGGGCAUUUGAAGGAGAGAAGAAACUAAUUGGGUGGUUCCGUGGAUACCUGUUGUGCAUUAUUGCAGAUCAAAGAAAUGGCAAAUAUACUUUCAAUAUAUAUGAUUUGAAAAACCGCUUAAUAGCCCACAGUCUGGUGGUGAAGGAGGUUUCUCACAUGCUUUGUGAAUGGGGUAAUAUAAUUCUCGUAAUGGCUGACAAGUCUGCUUUAUGUAUUGGAGAGAAGGAUAUGGAGAGCAAGUUAGAUAUGCUAUUCAAGAAAAAUCUUUAUACUGUAGCUAUCAAUCUUGUCCAAAGUCAACAAGCUGAUGCUGCCGCAACAGCUGAAGUUUUAAGGAAAUACGGGGAUCAUCUGUAUAGCAAACAAGACUAUGACGAAGCUAUGGCCCAGUACAUCAACACUAUCGGUCACCUUGAACCUUCAUAUGUCAUACAGAAGUUUCUGGAUGCACAAAGAAUCAACAACCUUACAAAUUACUUAGAAAAGUUACAUGAAAAAGGGCUUGCUUCUAAAGAUCAUACAACUCUUUUGUUAAAUUGCUACACCAAAUUAAAAGAUGUUAAGAAGCUGAAUAUGUUCAUCAAAAGUGAGGAUGCUGUUGGGGAACAUAAAUUUGAUGUGGAGACUGCGAUAAGGGUUUGUCGCGCUGCCAAUUACCAUGAGCAUGCAAUGUAUGUCGCCAAGAAGGCCGGAAGGCAUGAGUGGUACUUGAAGAUAUUGCUCGAAGACCUUGGCAGUUAUGAAGAAGCCCUGCAAUAUAUUUCUUCUCUUGAACCAAGUCAAGCUCGAGUCACUGUAAAAGAGUAUGGUAAGAUUCUCAUAGAGCACAAGCCCUCUGAGACAAUUGAGAUACUCAUAAGGCUUUGCACAGAGGAUGGAAAGUUAGUGAGGAGAGGAACUUCAAAUGGCACAUACUUAUCUAUGCUGCCAUCUCCUGUUGAUUUUCUCAGCAUUUUCAUCCACCACCCACAGUACCUCAUGGAUUUUCUUGAAAAAUAUACUGAUAAGGUGACAGACUCCCCAUCUCAAGUAGAAAUCCACAAUACACUAUUGGAGUUGUAUCUAUCCAAUGAUUUGAACUUCGCAUCAAUAUCACAAGCUAACAAUGGAGUCGAUCUUUCCCUUAGAACCAUAUCAGGAGCAGCUGCAAUGUUUAGAGUGGAUUCCAAUGGGAAAUCAAUUGCUACCCACAAUGAUUCAUAUAAGGAAAAGGGUCCUCUGGAGAGGCAGGAGAAGGGCCUACGCUUGCUUAAGAGUGCAUGGCCUUCUGACCUUGAGCACCCUCUUUAUGAUGUUGGUCUUGCUAUAUUUCUUUGUGAGAUCAAUUCUUUUAAACAAGGGCUUCUGUUUCUUUAUGAGAAGAUGAAGCUUUAUAAAGAGGUAAUUGCCUGCUACAUGCAAGCCCAUGAUCAUGAAGGAUUGAUUGCAUGCUGCAAAAGGUUGGGGGAUUCAGGUAAAGGAGGGGACCCUUCUCUUUGGGCAGAUCUGCUGAAGUAUUUUGGUGAACUUGGAGAAGAUUGCUCUAAAGAAGUGAAGGAAGUUUUGACUUAUAUUGAGAGGGAUGACAUCUUGCCUCCUAUUAUUGUUCUUCAAUCCCUGUCCAAAAAUCCAAACCUCACACUCUCUGUCAUUAAGGAUUAUAUUGCUCGGAAGCUUGAACGGGAAUCAAAAUUGAUUGAUGAGGAUCGCCUGGCUAUUGAGAAGUAUCAGGAAGACACAUUGGCAAUGAGGAAAGAAAUUCAGGAUCUUAGGAUGAAUGCUCGAAUCUUUCAACUCAGCAAGUGCACUGCCUGCACCUUCACCCUUGAUCUUCCAGCCGUCCAUUUUAUGUGCAUGCACUCAUUCCAUCAACGCUGUCUUGGAGAUAAUGAAAAAGAAUGCCCUGAAUGUGCUCCUGAAUAUAGAGCUGUUCUUGAAACAAAGAGAGGCUUGGAACAGAACUCCAAAGAUCAAGACAGGUUUUUUCAGCAAGUGAAGAGUUCAAGGGAUGGGUUUUCCGUGAUUGCUGAGUAUUUUGGGAAGGGGCUCAUCAGCAAAACUACUACUAAUGGAUCCACAGCCACAGGUGCUGUUUGAUCAGGCAGCACUUCCACCAAUGGCCUUUUGAGUAUGUUGGGCUCCAGAUUAGACCUUUGUCAACACUUUACUCUGACAAAUUUUGUUUGGGAGACGCAGUAGCUUGAGUUGAAUAUAAUAUUUUUAGGGUGCUUUGAUGGGCUGGCACCAAUUUGCAGAGGAGCCUUUAAGUUCAUGCAGGUCUCAUAUGAGACUGUUCUUUCUCCUUUUGGGCUGAUAAGCUCUGAUUUAUACCUUGUUGUGCUUACAGCUAUGAUCCAUGAGAGUAGAAAUUGUACAGCAUGAGAGUGUCCUGGUGGAUGAUCCCUACAGGCUUCCCACUGUGUAAAUUUCUAGCUUGCUUCCCACUGUGAUGAGCAUCAAAACAUUCAUGUGGUUUUAUCUGUUUAGAUAACGGUGAGAUUACAUAUGGAAGCUUUGGUAUGUAUAAAAUUAGAUUCCGUCAAUGGAUUUUGAAUGAGUUUUGGAGAGUAUUUUCAAAAAACUUGAGGAAAAUAUCCUUUGUAUAUGGUUUUUUGAACACUUGAUUGUUUUGAAUAUGUCAUUGUUGGGUCUUUGUAAUUGUAA